AUGUUGCCUGAGGAGUUGGAAAAGCUUCUCCGCGAAUGUUCAGACGAAGGAUUGGGCCAAGAAGGAUUCAGCAAAGCAGUCUCAUUGCUCAGCGAGCAUUCAGUGAAUAACUCAUCGCCCGGCUUCCUAGGAAAAUUGGUCUCCGCGCCAUCUCCGCCAGGAACAGCCGCCGAUCUGUUUUUGUCGAUCUUCAACAACAAUGGCCAUGUGUGGCGUGCGUCACCAGCUCUCACGGCGGUCGAAAAGCAUGUCAGCAGAGAGUUGGCCAAACUGUUCGGCCUGGAAGGCCCACACGCUGGAGGCGUUACGGUGCCAGGGGGAGCUGCGGGCAAUAUGCUCGCCCUGCUAGUUGCUCGCAACAUCGUGUCACCGGAGUCUAAGCAGCAGGGUGUCACGCCUGGGAAAUAUGCGGUCUUCGUCUCAGACGCAGCUCAUUAUUCAGUGACCAAUUCGGCACAGAUCGUGGGACUUGGCAGCGACUCAGUGAUCAGUGUACCGGCAUUGGACGAUGGGACAAUGGACGUCGAGGCGCUCAAAACCGCAGUAGACGAUGCCAUUAAAAAGGGUAAACAGCCGCUGUUCAUCAAUGCCACUGCGGGAAAUACCGUGAACGGCGCUUUUGACUCUCUCAACAAAGUUGGAGAAAUCGCACGCAAGGCGAAUGCGUGGUUUCAUGUUGAUGCCUGCUGGGGAGGCGCGGUUGCAUUUUCUGACACCCUGAGACAUCUAAUCAAAGGAGCUGAACUAGCAGAUAGUAUUGCCUUCAACCCCCAUAAGAUGCUGGGUGUGCCUCUUGUUUGUGCCUUCCUGUUAACAAACGAUAUGCGGACUUUUUGGCUAGCCAACAAACUCAACGCAGGAUACUUGUUCCAUGAUAGAAAAACUGAGGAAUCUGCGAUAUCCGAAGAUGGAGCGAGUGGAAACAACAAUGAAUACGAUUGGAGAAACUCAAAGCUCAUGGAAGGAGCCCCCGAUGUGGCUGAUAUCCGGGAUUUGGCUUCUCUGACGGUACAGUGCUCUCGGCGGUCCGACGCAACAAAGCUGUUCCUACACUGGAUCUAUUAUGGAACUAGAGGCAUUGCCCGCGAUGUUGAGCAGGCUGUUGACAGCGCACAGCACCUGGCCAAUCUCGUCGAGGCUGAUCCACGACUAGAGUUAAUCGGAGACAUUGGAAAAGUAUUCGCUCAAGUUUGUUUCUAUUGGAGACGGAAGGGAGAGGGGAUUGACCCAUCGGAUACAGCUGGUACAGCCGCCAUCAACAGCCACAACACGCGUAUCUUGUAUGAGCACCUCACUGAGCACGGCUGGAAGAUCGACUACGCUCCGUAUAAUUCGACGGGGGAGUGCGUUCGAAUCGCAUUAUAUCCUGCUUGGCUUCAAAUCUACUCUAGUAAAGCUGUCCCUGGUGUUAGUCGCCUCGGUCUAGUGCCUUACGGUACGCUGCCCGUGGGUGCCACAGUCAGAUACCUUCUUCCAGUGCCCCCCUCAAUGGACUGGAUAGUCCCACAGAUUGCUGUCUCAGGCUAG